CUUUCAAGCUCAUUUAUUUCAUUUAUACACACUCUCACUUGCCAUAAGUCUCUCUCCCUUAACUCUUUUCAUUUCUAUCUUUCUCCUUCCGAUCCGAUUCUAUAAACAAAAUGGACGGACUGAUUAAGGGCUUGGUCGACGUGGCCCUUGGUGGUGGUCAUGAUCGCGACAGAGAGGAAGAAGAACAAUCCCGGGAUGUGCGGUCCAGAUCCAGUUGGGCGGAGGUGGUUUCUGGAGAUCAGGAUGAUGAUGAUGAUGAUGAUGAAGAAAGACGCCAUAAUCAGUGGAGCAGACAGGAACAGAGUCGAACCCAGAAGGCUGUUCAUGGAGGAUAUGAAGAGAACGAAGGUUGUCAGCGACAAGAUUUUACCCAGAACAACUGGAACAGAGAGGAGAAGAAAGAGGAGAAUAAUGAUGGUUGGGAAACUGUUGGCAGAAAGCCUCCAAGGCGACCACACAAGGUUGAGAAGGAUCAGUGGCAUGGAUACAAAAAGCCUGCUAGUGAGCAACAGUACUCUGAUGAGGUUGAAAUUAGUAGUAGCUUAGAACCCUCAGAUGAGGAGCUUGCUGACUUUUCACGAGCCUGUGACAAGCUUUGGGAACUUGACUUAAAUCGUUUGAAACCUGGUAAGGACUAUGAGAUUGAGUGUGGUGAAGGGAAGAAAGUCUACCAAAAAGAGGAUAUGGCACAAGGAAACUUAAUUAACUGGCUGAGUGAAGACGUGUUCAGGAAGCCUACUUUUUCUCGUUUUUGUUCACUUUUAGAUAAUUACAACCCAAAUCAAGGGUGUAAAGAAGUUGUCACUUCAGAAGAGAAGCAAGAGCAAGCUGCAUUCAUAGAAGAAAUCUGUAGAACUGCACCAAUUAAAUAUCUUCACAAGUAUCUCUCCUCCAAGGGCAUUGUAUCUGGGAGUUAUCAAGAUUUCAAAAGAACAAUGACAAGUCUCUGGUUUGAUCUUUAUGGCCGAGGUGGUACAUCUGGUUCCUCUUCUGCUUUUGAGCAUGUUUUUGUGGGAGAAAUCAAGCAGAGCGGUGAACAAGAAGUUUCUGGCUUUCAUAACUGGCUUCAGUUUUAUCUGGAAGAAGCAAAAGGGAAUGUGGAUUAUCAAGGUUACAUAUUUCCCCGACGUCGUGGACAGAUUCCAGAUUCUGAAACUCAGUUGCUUACAAUUCAGUUUGAAUGGAAUGGCGUUCUUAAAUCUGUAUCAAGCACAUUGAUUGGAGUGAGCCCCGAGUUUGAAAUUGCCUUGUACACCCUAUGCUUAUUUCUGGGUGGAGAGGAUAACCACAUACAGCUGGGUCCAUACCCUGUUAAUAUCAAGUGCUACCGACAUAGAGACAGAAUAGGCUCUGUGUUUCCUGUGGCAGAGUGUUGAAUUCAGGUCUCCUGUAAGCUUGAGUGUUGAUGAAUUAUUAUGUCCACAAGUCAUAGAAAUUAUGAGACUCUGCCAAAGCGCUGAAUUAACUAAAAAUAUUAUGAAACAAUCAUUGAUUAGGAUAAUAAAGAGACCUAUUGUUAUAUUUAAGGGGUAUUUCUCAGCAAUCAGCAUUUCCAUAAUAUUUCAAUUAGAUAGUUAGCGGUUCCGGUACAUGCUUGUGUAAUAUCGGGCUGUUAGUUCCUCAAAAUAAACAUUGUUUUGUUAAUUUUCGCCGCCA